AUUUAUAACAUGGAAAUGGAAUAUGAUGAAAGUGGUUGGCAGCAGGGCAGGCCGAAGGGAGAAGAUGAGGAAAUGCCUGAAGAUAACCCCCAGGAAACUAUACAAGAAUGUUUGGAGAAAUUUCUGACACCGGAUUACAUUAUGGAACCGGGUAUAUUUACCCAAUUGAAAAGAUACUUUCAAUCUGGUGGUUCACCUGAAGAAGUCAUCAUGAUGCUAUCGGAGAAUUAUAAAGCGGUGGCACAAAUGGCCAAUUUGUUGGCAGAAUGGUUGAUAUUGGCCGGUGUUAAGGUGACCGAUGUUCAGGCAAUGGUAGAAAACCAUUUAAAGGAUAUGAUUUUGAAAACAUUUGACCCUAAAAAGGCUGAUACAAUUUUCACGGAGGAGGGUGAGACACCAGAUUGGUUGACAGAAAUGAUUGAUCAUCCCACAUGGCGCUCGUUGAUAUAUCGUUUGGCCGAAGAGUAUCCAGAUUGUUUGAUGUUAAAUUUUACAAUUAAGUUAAUUUCGGAUGCUGGUUUCCAAAGCGAAAUUACAUCCAUAUCAACGGCAGCACAACAGAUCGAGGUGUUUUCACGGGUCCUGAAGACCUCCAUAACGAAGUUUCUUAGUAACCCAGAAGAUAUCCAGGGAGCAAUACAGGAGUGUGCUCGUAUGGUGUGUCAUGGCCAGCAUACCUAUGUCUAUUCGCAGGUGUUGAUACAGGUUUUGAGUCAAGAAACCAAGGGUGGCUUCAAUAUGAAACGUCUUUCCCAGGAGAUUACUAAAUAUGCCUUGCAAAACAAUCAAAAUGUCACACCCAUAACAAUGGCCUUAAAUGGUUCGGCAGCAUAUCCCCAGGCCUGUCAGGCAUUAUCUUCCAUGUUGUCGCGUAACACAUUGAAUCCAGCUGAUAUAACUGUACUAUAUCGUAAUUAUUCUGGGGCAGAUCCGCCGCCAAUUGAUCUAAUAAGAAAUCCACAAUUUUUGGAAUUAUUGGUCGACUCCCUCUUCAAGGCGGGAGUGAAAAUAAAUCCCGAACAUAAAUCAAAAUAUAUUUUCUUGUUGGCAUAUGCCGCCUCUGUGGUGGAUACUCCGGCGAAAAAGAGACCUCUUACCGAUAGAGUUCUCAAUAAAGAUGAAUUGAAAAGUACAAUACAAGCUAUAGAAAAGGUGCAUGCUAUUUGCAAUGUUAACAAGGGGUCAACGGAACUAAUAGCCGAGCUGCAGACACUAUACAAUUGCAUUAAAUUUCCCGUCGUAGGUGUGGGUGUUAUACGCUGGAUAGAAAACACUGUCACCGAACCUUCAUACUUUAAACUUUCCACCGACAGUUGUCCGACACAUCUUGCCAUUUUAGAUGAAGUGGCUGCUGUGCAUCCCACGCUACAUCAACAAAUUCUCACACUGCUGAUUCGUCUAUUCGAAUCGAAACAAGAUGAAUUAGAAAUUUUAGUACAACUAGAAAUGAAGAAAAUGUUACUUGAUCGUAUGGUUAAUCUACUAACGCGGGGAUGUGUGGUACCCGUUGUCAAAUACAUUAAACAAUGUUGGGGUAAAGGUGACACAGACAUCUCGUUAAUACGAUAUUUUGUAACUGAAGUUCUCGAAACCAUAACACAUCCAUAUUCAUCAGAGUUUGUACAAUUAUUUUUGCCAAUGGUGGAAAAUGAAGAAAUUACCGGUACCAUGCGGGGUGAGGGGGAUAAUGAUCCAGUUUCAGAAUUUAUAGUUCACUGCAAAGCUCAUUAUACCACUGUGUAAAAAAUAAACUGCAUUAAUUAUUUUUCGUUUAGUUUUAAUUUUUGAAAUGCUAUUUUUAUAUUAAUAUAUAUACGCCUACAAAUUUUAUUCACUAGUAUUUUUGGA